AGUCGAACCACUCUGUCAAAAGGAUUCUCAAUUUGCUCUGUUUUUGAGUUUCAUUUUGAUCUGAAGAUGAGCACCCGCGGAACCCUUGAAGUUCUUCUUGUUAGCGCCAAAGGUCUCGACAACUCCGAUUUUUUAUCUAAGUCGGAUCCUUAUGCGGUCAUCACCUACCGAACUCAGGAGAAGACUAGUGGCAUUGCAUCAGUUCAAGGAUCUAGCUCCGAGUGGAAUGAGAGCUUCCUCUUCUCUAUAUCCAGCGAUGGGACUGACCUCAAGAUCAAACUAAUGGACAAAGAUACGUUUACAGCAGACGAUUUUAUGGGCGAAGCAACAAUUCCUCUCCAGCCUCUGUUUGUUGAAAAUAACGUUCCCCCCAUGGCAUACCAUGUCGUCAAAGAUGACAAGUACUGCGGAGAGAUCAGAGUUGGCCUCACUUUCACUCCCCAGAGGAGUAGAGGCCUUGAAGAGGAGAGCUAUGGAGGAUGGAAGCAAUCAUCGUGCGUGGAGUGAGGAAGAUGUUGGAAUCAAGAGUCAGUUUGUGAACUCUCAUGUGAUUGCAACUGUUUGCUGUUUUGAUCAUUUAAGGAACUACAUUGUGAUGGAUUUUUGCUGUUUUGAUCAUUUAAGGAACUACAUUGUGAUGGAUUUCAAGUUUCAGCAGUAUUGGUCAUGAUGUGCUUAUAUGCAUCUGAUCUUAUGCUCUUUCUGUUUUACCUAACAAUUCAAUUAGACAAUUACUGUUAUAUAU